CCACGACCUCGCAUCAACCCGGUUGCUCGUCCGGUUGGUUCGAUACUACGUGAGAGAGCUUUCACAGCCACGUUUCUGCUAAUCUCUUGAGUACGCAUUUGAGCUUUUAAUAGACUACAUCUUCUGCUGCAAUCUUCAGCUACCCAUGAAAAUGUUACGAAAAGGGACAAGCUCCGCGAAGUUUCAAAAAGACUGUGUUAAAAUUCUUAAUCGUCCGCAAUCUUCCUUGUACAGAGUGUCCAAUUAUUGUAAGCUUUUACUGUCAUACUCGUUACAUUAACCGUGAAAUUGUUCGAUUGACCUGUUUGACUUUUUCAUUACAUUAUUUGCAACAAUUAUAUUAUGCGAGGUGUCAAGUGAAAAUUUCCGUGGUGCGCGGACUUGAACAGAAAACAGAUACAAGUUUUAAGCGCGGAAUUUGGACGUGUAAGAAUUUGUGUCAGAGAUUGUGGUAUCGAGGAUUGAAGGUCGAGGUCGAGGAUGUGAGAAUUACAUCGUGUGAAGCAAGUGACGCCCAUCAGUUGUUUUUCCGAGCAACAGCGGAGUAUGGCGGAUGGGUGACAGACGCGGAUCCACUGUAGGCUGAAGGUGUUUUUCAGCGUCGGUGGGACCAUGUGAGGCUUCGACCAUGAGGAGUGGCGGCCAGAAUGGUGUAUGGAUAGUAAGCGUGAUUAUACUGUCGAUUGGCACCUGGGUGGGCAGAGUCGGGCCACGUCCAGCAGAUGGAGAGCUCGCGCUUCUGACGUCGCCGCGUGAGCGAUUGGAAACCGUUCGACAGGUUCUUUCUGAGGUGCCUUUGAUCGACGGCCACAAUGACCUACCGUGGAACAUCCGCAAUUUCCUUCACAACCAGUUGGCGGAAUUCGAUUUCGACAGGGAUCUACGUCAAGUCGCGCCUUGGAGCAAAAGCGCUUGGAGUCAGACCGACCUGGUCAGAUUGCGACAAGGCAUGGUCGGCGGUCAGUUUUGGGCUGCUUACGUACCGUGUGAAUCUCAACAUCUUAACGCGGUUCAGCUGACUUUGGAACAGGUAGAUCUCAUUAAGAGGCUCAUAGAAAAAUAUUCCCAGCAUUUGCAGUUCGCUGCAUCGUCGAGGGAGAUUUUGGAGGCUCACGGUAGGGGCAGAAUAGCUUCUCUGAUUGGAGUGGAGGGUGGGCAUAGUCUAGGAAGUAGUUUAGCCGUUUUAAGAACACUUUACCAGCUGGGUGUACGGUACCUUACACUAACACAUACUUGCAACACUCCAUGGGCGAAAAGUUCGUCGGUGGAAGACGACGAUGAAGAUGGCGGGGGCCUGACAGCAUUCGGCGAGACUGUAGUUAAAGAAAUGAAUAGGCUCGGAAUGCUGAUUGAUCUCAGUCAUACUGCGAGAGCAACUAUGAGGGAUGCUCUAAGAGUCAGUAAAGCGCCGCUCAUUUUUUCACACUCUUCUGCGUUUGCUAUUUGUAAUUCCUCCAGAAAUGUGCCCGACGAUAUUCUUAAACAACUGGCUGAUAACGGCGGACUAGUGAUGGUCACGUUUUACAAUUAUUUUGUAAAAUGCGGACCUCAAGCCAGCGUUUCGGAUGUGGCCGAACACAUCUACUAUAUUAGAAAUCUGAUUGGCGUGGACUAUAUCGGAGUCGGCGGAGAUUUCGACGGCAUCAACAAAACUCCUCGUGGUCUGGAAGAUGUUUCGAAGUAUCCCGAACUAUUCGCCGAACUUCUCCGGAGUGGCAAGUGGGACGUGCACGAGCUAAAGAAAGUCGCCGGCUUGAAUUUACUGCGAGUCCUCACACAGGUAGAGCGUGUGAGAGAUGAUCUGAGGACAGCGGGGAUUACACCGCUUGAGGAAUAUCUUCCAGACUCACCGGACACGAUUGGCAACUGUGCACUGGAUAUUAACUCCGUGCAAAGGGUCACGGAAGUCUGAUCGAUCGACUGUAUGCAUUGCCCGACGACAUGCAAAUUAAUCUUAUGCCAGCACAACCGUUCUACGCAGAUGAGCAUGGCCGGAAGACAACCAGUCAUGUCGAGAGCAUGGAUUCAAGGCGAAAAUUCGAUUAUCUCGUUUACUACAAUCUGUACGCUCGCGAAAGUUCUUCGAACCUCGUAUGAAAGCUCAAUUGAACGUCGACAUUUGCAAAAGCUCAAAAUAAACCUACCUCGAUACCUGUUUCACAAAGGCGACGAGCAGCGGAUAUCGAUUACGCUUUAUUUAGAGGAAGAUAUAUUCGCACGUUACAUUAAAAAGUAAUUAUAAAUUAUGUGUUAUCAAUAAGUAAC